AAUAAAAACAGAUGAAUCUGUGGUGGACAGAGCCAAGGCCAAUGCCUCCCUUUGGGAGGCUAGGUUGGAAGUCACAGAACUCUCUAGGAUUGAGUAUCGUGAUACUUCACGGACACUGGCAAAAAGUAAUGAGGACUUAAAGAAAAAGCAAUGUAAAAUGGAGAAAGACAUAAUGUCAGUAUUAAGUUACCUAAAGAAGCAGGAUCAGGAGAAAGAUAAUAUGAUUGAAAAACUGAAACAGCAAUUAAAUGAAACAAAGGAAAAAGCCCAAGAGGAGAAGGAUAAAUUGGAACAAAAGUAUACCAGGCAAAUCAAUGAACUAGAGGGACAGUUCCAUCAAAAAGCCAAAGAAAUUGGCAUGAUUCACACAGAGCUGAAAGCAGUAAGACAAUUCCAGAGGAGAAAAAUCCAAGUGGAGAGAGAGUUAGAUGAUCUGAAGGAGAAUUUAAGAAACACAGAGCGGAUACAUCAGGAGACUCUUAGAAGACUGGAAAGCAGAUUUUUUGAAGAAAAGCACCGACUAGAACAAGAGGCUGAAAAGAAGAUAAUAAUGCUGGCAGAGAGAGCCCACCAUGAGGCUGUUGUGCAAUUGAACGACGCUGGAAGAAAUGUUUUUAAAGAGAAUGUUUAUCUCCAGAAAGCCCUGGCAUAUCACCUGAAGGAAGCUGACGCUCUACAAAAAAACUCCCAGAAGCUGCAAGAGAGUCAUACUUUACUUUUACAUCAAAAGGAGAUCAAUGAUCUGUUGAUUAAGGAAAAGAUUAUGCAACUUGUCCAGCAGAGAUCACAAAUCCAAACCCUUCAGAAGAAGGUAGUAAACUUGGAGACUGCUCUGGGUUACAUGACCAAAGAGUUUGAGAGUGAAGUUUUAAAACUGCAGCAACACGCAAUGAUAGAGAACCAAGCAGGUCAGGUAGAAAUUGACAAGCUGCAGCACCUUCUUCAGAUGAAAGACAGGGAAAUGAAUCGCGUGAAGAAGCUGGCCAAGAACAUACUGGAUGAGAGAACAGAAGUGGAAAGAUUCUUUUUAGAUGCUCUACACCAAGUGAAGCAACAGAUCCUAAUUAGCAGGAAGCAUUAUAAGCAGAUAGCACAAGCUGCUUUCAAUUUAAAAAUGAGAGCAGCAUGUGCAAGAAGAACAGAAUAUCCCAAAAUCAGAACAUUUGAUGGCAGAGAGCACAGCACCAAUAGUGUGAAUCAGGAUCUUCUGGAGGCCGAAAAAUGGACACAUAUUGAAGGAAAUGUGGAUAUUGGAGAUUUGACCUGGGAGCAGAAGGAAAAAGUCUUGCGAUUGCUCUUUGCAAAAAUGAAUGGCUGUCCUUCUAGGAAAUACAACCAGAGUUCUAGGCCUCCAGUUCCAGACUAUGUUGUUUCUGACAGUGGGGAAACAAAGGAAUUUGGGGAUGAAAGUAAGCUUCAAGCCAGAAUCUUCAUCACCCAGCAAAUUCCAAUAUCAGACUCUUCUGGUAAAGUGGUGCUACCCACUAUUCCAAAAGGACCUCAAGAGUCUGACACAGGAACCUUCUGAGAAGCACUGAUUAUGACCCCACAGAUGCUGCUGGCAGGCCCUUCCUUGCAGAAUCCUUGCUCCUGAAUAUCUUUAAGAAAAUUUCUUAAGGGAAAAGACAGAAAUUUUAACUCAAAAGUUACCUGUUUGCCAUAGAAAUUGGUGUCUCCCCUGAAGGAGGAUCGAGAGCCGGUGAAUGAGAACAUUGGCAAAGGCACUGGAAUGGGGACAUUCACUCCCACCUAAAACAGAACAAAUCCAUGUCAUACCCUAAGGACAAAGAAACUCUCCAUUUAGAAGCACAACGGCAUCAGAGACCAGUUUUGAAUACCCACCUUCCACCCUGUCCUCUACCCCAUGAACUUUCAUUCCUGAGGAAGAAAUGGGGCAAUGUGGGAGGUCAUGGGGACAAUCUUAAACCAAUGACUCACCAUUAUUUACUGUUUCCUCUUAGGAAAUAGAUAUAAGAAUCUCUUAAAAAUUCUGUUCACAAACCUGUCCGACAUCCACCAAGUGGGCAUAUUUCCGAGCAGUGGCUCCAUUGGUGGUGAAGAUAGCAGUUCCAUUUCCAUAUGGGUUGUUAUUUACAAUCUGGAUGGCUUCAUCCAAUGUUUCUGUCUCCAGAACCACAAGAACUGGACCAAAAAUCUCCUCUUUGUAACAGGUCAUAUUUGGCUGCCAGGAGUGAUGCAUCCAGAAAAGAAGUCAGCUUUUUGGAUUCUGAGUAUUUUACGCUUAUUUGGUACUUUCAUUUACUACACAUCAUUUACAUGGACAACUUUCAUAUUAGUAAUCUCUUUUCAUUUCAAAUCACCUAUUUAAAAAAAGUCCUCUCUUAACUGUGUUCCAUCUUCCAAGUUACCAAUCAUAUAAAAAACCUGGAAUUCCUAUCAACAAUAACCACACUUCCUCUAAGGGACUGUAUUUUUAGUUCAUGACCCAUCAUUAGCUUCCUUUUUAAUACCUGAACAACUUGUUUCAUCCAAUCGUUAUCAAAAAGUUACAUGAAAAUUUAUUUUUUAUAAAUCCAAUCUAUAUUAAAUAUACCAGGAUAAUUUUUCUCUUUAUAGAAACCCAAUGCUGUUUUCUAUAACAUAAACAAUCCAUUCUUAUUCACUCCUUUGCCUCCCAAAUAAGUCUGUAUGUUUAUAUUUUGAUAUCAGGUCAUAGACACUCAAAACAUCCUUCACCAUGCAAUUAAUGUUUGUUGCUGGUAAACGGAUUUUUCUGUAUGGUUCUGUGGCAAGAGAUUUCAUAAUUUCUACUGCACUUACAUUCAACACUUGAUGAUUCACUAUUAUACUAGGGCUAUAUGAAUUUCAAAAAACGCCUCAUUACCUCAAUUUUUAAGUCAUGUUAGCUGAGAGACUUUCAAAGUUUUGAUAAAUAAAAAUUGACAAGUCAA